CCAUCUCUCUCUCUCUCUCCUCUCUUUCUCUCUCUUAAAUUCAAAAAUAUUUAUUAGUUGAAGUUGACACAUCUUUUGUAUGAUUAAUUUGGUUGAUAGUGAGAGGAGGUGUAUUAUUUGCAUUAUUUGUUUUUUUUAGAAAAAUAUGUGCAGUUUUCUUGGACUGGAUUUUCUCAACUAUGAAGAGGAUAAGCUUCUUUCACUGCAAAGACCUUAAACCUCUGAUCUUCUGUCCUUCAAGCAACACGGAUCUUCACCGUUAAUCUGACCUGAGCUGAAAAGAUUUCGAAUUUACGAUGUCAAUUUCGGAGAAAUCAAGGCCGUGCUCAGCUUCCUCAUCACUGUCACCGAUGUCAGUCCACGAUUUUGAUCCGUUGCUGAAAGAUUUGAAUGAGAGGAAGCAGAGUUUUCGCCGGAAUGUGGUGUCGUUGGCAUCGGAGUUGAAAGAUGUUCGGAGCCGGUUAGCGUCUCAGGAGCAAUCAUUUGUUAAAGAAACCCUUACAAGACAGGAAGCAGAGACAAAGGCCAAACACUUGGAAGAGGAGAUUAGCAUAAUGCAGAAGAGAGUGGAACAAAGAAAUCAGCAGCUUGAGGUCUCAGCAUCUGCGGCUGAGAAGUUCCUCACGGAAUUGGAUGGUCUGAGAUCGCAACUUUCAGCCACCCAAGCAACUGCGGAUAUUAGUGCUGCAUCAGCUCAAUCGGCACAGCUUCAGUGUUUAGCACUUUUGAAGGAAUUAGAUGAAAAGAACUGCUCGUUAAAAGAGCAAGAUGAUCGUGUAAUUAGGCUAGGAGAGCAAUUAGAUAAUCUGCAGAAGGAUCUUAAGGCUAGAGAGUGUUCCCAGAAGCAACUGAAAGAUGAAGUUUUGAGAAUUGAGAAUGACAUUAUGCAAGCUAUCGCAAAAGCGGGGGUGAACAAGGACUGUGAGCUGCGGAAAAUAUUGGAUGAGGUAUCUCCGAAGAAUAUUGAGAAGAUCAAUAAGCUUUUAGUUGUGAAGGAUGAAGAAAUAGCAAAACUGAAAGAUGAAAUCAGGGUAAUGUCUGCUCAUUGGAAGCUCAAAACUAAGGAGUUUGAAUCACAGGUACAUUCAUCACAUGCUUUCUUUUCCUGCAGUUUUUUUUAUAAGGUCCUCGUUAAUAGAUCUGUAAUGAAGUUCAACAAUUUUCUGGAACAGUUGGAGAAACAACGACGCAUUGAUCAGGAACUGAAAAAGAGGGUCUUGAAAUUAGAGUUUUGUCUCCAGGAAGCUCGUGCUCAAACGCGAAAGCUUCAAAGGAUGGGUGAGCGGAGAGACAAGGCUCUGAAAGAGCUCAAAGAUCAGUUACAGCGGGGUGGUGGUGGAGCUGCAGCUGCUGAAAGACAAAACUUUUGGGAAACCUCCGGUUUCAAAAUCAUGAUGUCUAUGUCCAUGUUGAUCUUGGUGGUGUUCUCAAAGCGAUGAAAUCAUUGUACUGUCGAGUGUCGUGUAUAAAGAGCAUGAAACUUCAGUUUUAGUCAAGGAAUUAGGAAUUGCUGCACAGACCACAGUUGUAAAGGUUCUCGUUAUGUAGCAUUAGCAGAUAAUGCAAUUUUGUUGUUCUCGUUAAAACCACAUUAGCGUAUGAAUAUCGAAUUUGCAGGUGGGUUCUGUGAAUUUUAGUACCUCAAGUUUUCCUCCU